UCACUUUUGUGUCUGAGCGUGAGUGCAGUGUCUGUGUGCGUUGUUUUGACACGGCCUUCCUCUGUUGUCGGGGCCGGAGUGCAACACACGGAACCAGAUGACAGUAGGAUGCGUUCUGAACUGCUGUUUUUUAUUAUAGCACUAUAUGCAACAACAGCUGAUUGCGCAAGGAGACUUAAUAGGUUUGUACGACACUAUGAGCCUUUGAUGUACAAUCAUGAUGAUAUCCAUGAGCGACACAUGCGCAUCAAGAGGUCUCCACAAGACCAAGACGCAGCACUUCACCUCAAGUUUUAUGCACAUAACAGACAUUUUCAUUUAAGGCUAAAACGCGAUGCAUCAGUAUUCAGCAAUGACCUUGUGAUAGAGGCACAUGACAGGAGGCCGCUGGACGUAGACCUGUCACACAUUUACUCUGGGCAUUUAGUAGGGGAGCCAACGAGUCAUGUAUUUGGGGCUCUGCACGAUGGUGUGUUUGAAGGGCGCAUCGAGACAACAAAGGGUCACUAUUAUGCUGAGCGGGCCAACAAAUACUUUUCCGAUGAACGUCCAUACCACUCUAUCAUGUAUGCUGCCAGUGAUGUCGAGCUUCCAGACCACGAGAAUGAAACUGCUCGGCCUGGCUGUGGCAUCACGGAGGACGUGCGGCAAUGGAUGGACAGAGUUGCCAACAGUGCUGUGCCAGAUACGGCUGAGAGUGGCUGGAGCAAGCCAAGGCGUGCUGUGCGCUCUCCGAGCGAGGAGGGGCACCACCAUUUUUCAGAGGCACCUCAAGCCAAAUACCUGCGGUCAGCAGGCGGCCUGCAUUUGGGCACUGGAGGGACCAGCUACCUGCCAAAGAGGCGCGUCUGUAACCUGUUCGUGCAGACGGACACCUUCCUCUGGGACCACAUCACAAGCACGGGCAGGGACCCUGUCAAGGCGCGCGAGGAGAUCUCCUCUCUCAUAGCCCAACACGUCGAAGCUGCCAGCCGCAUCUAUCGGAGCACCAACUUCAAUGGAAUUCGGGAUAUCAAGUUUGCCGUGCAAAGGAUACGGAUCAAUGACAGCUCAGCUUGCUACGAUGAUAGACAUCGUCGGUCAAAUCCGUUCUGUGCGGGCAACCUGGAUGCGUCCAACUUUCUGAACCUCAACUCCCUAUCCAACCAUGAUGACUUCUGCCUGGCCUAUGUGUGGACAUUCAGGGAUUUCCAACAUGGCACCUUGGGUCUGGCCUGGGUGGCAUCGGUUAAUGGUGCGUCUGGUGGUAUCUGUGAGAAGUACAAGACAUACUCUGAGAACAUCAACGGAAAGUCUGAAAAUGUCAAGCGCAGUCUCAACACUGGCAUCAUAACAUUCCUCAAUCACAAUGCCAAGAUCCCACUGAAGGUAUCCGAGAUCACCUUUGCCCACGAGAUAGGUCACAACUUUGGCUCACCUCACGACUACCCGCCAGAGUGUGUUCCAGGGGGAACAUUGGGCAACUACAUCAUGUAUGCCAGUGCGACCCAAGGCCACCAGCCCAACAACCAGCGCUUCUCACCAUGCAGUAUACGAAAUAUCUCCGCCGUGCUGUCGGCAAUCUUGCGCGGAGAGCAGAAGGAGAACUGCUUCCAAGAGGACGAGGGCCCGUUCUGUGGCAAUAAGAUUGUGGAAGGGGACGAGGAGUGCGACUGUGGCUACGAGGAGCAGGAGUGCAUGGAGGACUGCUGCUACCCCCGUGAGCACCAGGGCAAAGGCUGCACUCGAAAGCCCAGAGCCAUCUGCAGUCCUAGCCAAGGUCCUUGCUGCACCAACAAGUGUGAUUACGAGAGCAAGGAGAAGCUGUGCAAGCUGGAGUCUGAUUGCACGGAACUGUCAUAUUGCGAUGGUAAGCAGGCUAGCUGUCCCAACCCAGUCCACAAGCGCAACAAGACAGAGUGCAACAAUGGCACCCAGGUGUGCUGGAACGGGGAGUGCAGUGGCUCCAUCUGUGAGAAGUAUGGCAUGGACGAGUGCUCCCUCACUGCCGAUACCAAUCCAUCGCCCGACAAGAUGUGUGAGGUGGCCUGCCAGGAGAAAGACAAGCCAGAGUCCUGCAAGAGCACAUACGAGAUUGAGCGCAUGAAGGAGAUCCGGGGCAUCAAGCUGCGGCCGGGUUCGCCGUGCAACAACUUCCAUGGUUAUUGCGACGUCUUCCAGAAGUGCCGCAAUGUGGAUGCUGAGGGCCCACUGGCACGUCUCAAGCGACUCCUCUUUGACAAGCAGUCACUGCAUACUGUCAAGCAAUGGGUCACGCUUAACUGGUGGGCUGUCCUGCUGAUGCUGGUGGCACUUAUAGUGGUGAUGGCAGUGUUCAUUCGCUGCUGUGCCGUGCAUACGCCCAGCAGCAACCCACGAAAGGCUCCUGCAUUGCGCAUCAGUGACACGUUGCGCAGGCCUGGUGACACCUUCCGCAGAAAGCGACGAGUGCCCGACCCUUCCGCUCUGCCUGGUGGUCCACCACCCCCGUACCCUGGUGGUCCACGACCGAGCGCGCCUCCGGCAGGCCCGUCCCACGGCUACGGCCAUGGCAGAGGCCACUACAACAGCCGUGUCCCCGCUACGCACGGUGUAGCAUCAUCUUCCGGUUCCUCUCGACACCAUCAGGGGUCACGGGGAGCCGUUCCACCUGAGGCGGUUGAGCUGCGACCAGCCGGCAAGCGACACCUUUGACACCACCGGCGGAGACACCGCUGACCGCAUAGGAGAUGGAAGGGCCUGCCUGCCUGCUGAUGCCUUCCUACCUGCCAAAAGACAGUGUGCCAGCGUGGCUGGCUGUGCCUCGCCCCAUCGCCAACACCACUGCAAGUGCUGCUGUUGCUUCCACAUUGUGGAGUGAAAAAACCAAGCUCUAGACUGCAGGGCCUUUGGUUUGCCCACUGUGGGUGCUUUCAGCGCAAUGCUGCUUGUUUUACUGUGUCACUGAGGGGAUAGUUGCCGUUUAGAAGCACAUAUUUGGUGUUGUGGUCAAGUAAUAGCAGUGCCAGCAACGACAUUGUGGUCCUUCUGAACACUGCAGAGGGAAAACAUAGCUCGAAAUUGUGCAUUGCUGGAUAUUGUUAUUGGGAAAGACAGUUCAAGAUUGGCAUAGCACGAUUCUCUGUGAAGUUGGUGGAUGUCGGAAAGGGUGGGCUCAAAACCAUUGAUCUAUUUGCUCUCGGUGUGGCAGACCUAGCACUGCUUGUUUUUUGUCUCGAAUUUGGCUGUGGACGAGUGUAAGUGGACAUCAGGUUCCGGGAUCAAAGUGCCAUUGAAUUAUUCGAUCCCAAAGGAAGGGUAAUCGGUUGUAGAGUAUGUUUCCCAACUUCUGGUGGUAGUGCCAGCACAAUAUCCUAUGCCAAAGCUGUUGUCCAAGGCAAGUAGCGGUAGCCUGGAUAUUUAGCAGGGAAAUGUUGCCUUGUACAACUGAGUGAACAUAUUUCGAAGCAUUUUCGGGAUAAAUUAUUUAAUUUUAAUCUCUCAUUGCACCGCACGUUAACAGUUGCAGCAUCUGCAAUUAGAAGCAUGAAGAGCUAAAAGCGAGCUUCGCACAUUCGCUUAAGCAACUGCACCUUUAGACAGUAUGUAACAGUGUUCACUAGUUGUGUUUAGCCACAUGCUUUCUUCUAUUUUGCUAAGACAUCGACUGGAAAAGGUAGAUUGUUUUCAUAGGGCAUCAAAUUCCAACUUCCUCAAUUGUUUAAGGUCACUAGCCAUUCAUUGCGUCAUUGAGAUGUGUUUACUGCCAGCGCUUUCAUUUUUACAGCUUCUUUUAACAGCCAGUCAACGAACAAAUGCCAGUUAUCACUGCCUACUACGUUGGACUGCAAUGCACAUAGUGAUUUUAACCCAUACAAAGGUAGAAGAGCAUUUUAUGUGGUCUAUAGAAAUGCCUUUUAUUUCUCGAUGACUUACAAAUGAGUCUGGAUGCCUUUUCUACAUUAUUUUCUUUGCCAAACGUAAUUAUCAGCUGGACUUUUUUUUGUUUCACAAAUAUACAUUGCUGUGAGCUACGAGAAAUGACACCAACAGUGUACCACCAGUUUCAAUAAUGCAUAUUUGUUUUCUUUAACAUUUUAGCAUAAAUGGAGUUUAUCGGAGUAGAACGCUUGUCGAAAUGCCCAGCAACACUGACUUCUCGCCUACUUGCAUAACUGUUUACUUAGGCGUGCUUUUUAGUCUAAAUGAAAAAUUGCUAAAAGGAGUACAAGUGGAAAAAAAAAAAAAAAAAACAUGACCCUUGGCUAGUGAUGCUAUUCUGGUUGCUAGUGAAAUGCCUAUUAAUCAGUGGCUAGUCUAAAUUUGGCACAUUUCUUUUCAUUUUGUCUAUGCGGUUUUCAGUUACAGAAAUAGGCAGUCGGUUGAAUACUCAGCAGCAAAUUAUGUGGAUAAUGACUGAGUUUGUCUCAUUUGAAGUAUUUGCUUGAAAGAAGACAAAAACUGCAGGGACCGUUUUUUCUAAGACAUAAUUUAUGAUGAUGCGUUUCAUUAAUACUGAUCACCUUUCUUUCUUAAUGUUAAAGAGAUAGUGGUUUUGAACUUGGUACAAAGUUAGUGUAAGCUUCGGUUCUGUAUUGUCCAAUGAUAGCUUCUUUAGCAAUUUUUCUUGUUUACUAAGUUUGAGUUAUCUUGACAUUCCAUCAUUAAUUCUUCGUGCAACCAGGUGCCCUCGUAAGUUGUAUGCUAAUGUUUCAGCGUGCUUGCUUGUUGGUUGUUAAAGGUUUAAAAGAAAACUUUGAGGAAAUUGUUUUUUUUUUGUGGUUAAUGAGGCACUAAUGCAUAGGUUUUUAAGUUAUUAGUGCUAAUACCAAACUUUUGAAUCCAAUAAAUAAGUAAAAUAUAGAUUUAAAAUCUACAAAAAAAGUUUUUCGUUCAGCUGAGUCUCGACACCCGAGUUUCAUCUAAUGCACACUGUGUACAUCUGCAUGGAUCUGUGUGUUGAAAUAUGUCAAUUUAAAUUAUAUUAAUCUUACAUAAGUGCAUGCGAAAUUUUUUUGUGAAUACAAUAUUAUAGAUUAUUGCUAUUGAUUGAAUGAGGCAGGUAAAGAUUUAUCAAGGGAAAACUUCAGCCUGAGUUGCGAUAUGCGCUACUUUCUAUGUUAUCAAGUGUAAAUGUAGAAGAUAGCAGCAAUUAUUAAGUAUGCCAAGGGGAUGUGUUGGUGACGCUGCAUUGCAUCGAAAGUAUUAUGGGUACUUGGAAAAGAGCAUUCCUUCCUGGUAUUUUCCUGAAGUUUUCUGAAGAAUUCCAAGGCACAGGGGGGCAGGGGGCUGGACGUUAAGUAAAUGGGCCUUUUUGGAAUGUAUACAACACAUGCAGUUAUGGAGUGUAUAACCAAUUUUAGUGAUGUAUUUACUUAAUAGUCCCAACGUUUGUUUUUAUUUCUUCUUAUUAAGGCUUGGGUGUUAGUUUCCCGCUCUCAUGUUUCCCACAUUCAAAGAUGCGUAUGCCUCGGCAACGAGUGCCAGCAAGUGCUUAUUUCCUGACAAUACAACCUCAUAAACCUUACAAAAUGGCUCGACCCAGUGCCAACUCAAAAUAGUCGUAUGUCAAAUUACUUCUCAGGAUAUAAAGAAAGAACUAUAUCUAGAUGCCUUGAUAGUUUAACAUUGUGCAAUGCUGCUGCUUGCCUAAGUGCAAUAGACUUGCCCAGAACGCUCUGAUUUCUAGGCAUCCUGUCCUUCUCAAAGGUUGCAGCGAUAAAUGAAAUAGAUGCUUUUUUUUCAUAGAGUAAUAUUUGUUUCUUGCUGCUAGUUGUUUUGAGAGAGAAUAAUUUUCUGUUAGCAGCGUAGAAUUCAGUCAGCAUCAUUUUUCUGGUGGUUCAAGUGAAACAUUAAAGACCGGAAACACUAAACUGCAUUAUGAUGAAACAGCAUGAAUGGGACAGUCGACACAACCAGCAGGACAGUGCACCGACUGACUGAUAUCAGCAUAUACUGUGCUAUAUAGAAAGAAAAAAAAGAAUAGUUGAAUUAGCCGAGGCCAGCCAAAUUAUCAGCAGCCUACUGCACCCCUUUGGUCUUAUCAGCCCAUGGGAAAAAUUCUUGAAGGACUUCACUGGGGGGGUGCUUUGAAUGUCUUUCCUAAAGGCCUUCAAGAUGAGGUUAUAUUCGAUUUUCUGUAUAUGUUACAUGGCCUUCUACCUCUAGUUGCUGUAUUGUUUCUACUAUUUUUCAAAAAAAUAUUUAGUGGUUAGGUGUUUCAUUUAUGUGGUUAAUAUAACAUUGCACAAGUUACGACAUGCUGACUGGGGGAGACGGGCAAACCCGUUUUAUUGGUGGGAUAUAGCAUCACUGAAUGUCAAAACAAGUGAAUACUUACCUUCUGGUAUUUGCUGUUUUACCUUAGCGAAAUUGCUGGAAAAAUGGGCCGAGAGUAGCACGCGCAAGAUAUGGGAGCUCGGGAUCAACUUUUGUAUGCAUCUCAGCUGAGAAACCAACUGGCUCAUGUUCUUUCUAGAUUUACUCUUGUAGUAUUAUGUCACAUGUUUUAUGGCCAUAGAACAAGAAAGUGUAAGGGCCUUGUUGCUAUUAGUAAUCGGUGAAACAUCUGGUUUGUUUUUUCAGUACGCAAACUUCGGCUUUGUAUAUUAUACGUUGUAGCUGAGCUUGUGGUCGGCACAUAGUACUCUGCUUUUUUAGCUUGACUGUCAUCAUUUACACCCACGCCUCAUUAUAACAAACUUUCAUCAUACAUGAUAAUAAGUUUGUUAUAUCCGAAAAUUCGUUAUAAAGGUUUGUUCCUAAGACUAAAUCUAAUGCGAGACUAUUUUUCAUUUACUUCGUUAUAACCAAUAUUUCGUUAUAUACGGAUUCGUUAUAUCGAGGUUUGAGUGUACAUGCAACUGGCAAGGUGUGUAGACUGGUCAUAAAAGUCCCCCCUGUUUCAGAGAGCUAGGCCUGACAUAUGCCAGCACAGUUUUGCCUAAAGGCUCUGUGGAAUUCACACUAGUAGUAGCAGUCAUUUCCUUUUGAUUGUGUAGGUGUUUCAAUCGGCAUUACCUCUGCGCUUGUCAAAGUGUUAUUUUGGUUUUGUUAUGGUGCGGGCUUCCCGUUAUCAUUGCUUGUGAAAUGCUGGGGGAAAAAAAAGGUGCAGUUUACGAACACUCAUAUUGAAGAUGGUUGCUAAGACUACGUCCACUGCCCAAACAUGAGCUCCGGUAGAGUUGUUCGCAGUGAGUGUAAAGAUUACGUGCUUCAGGCUCAAGCUACCCUUUACGACUAGUAAAGCUUUCCCUACAGUACUAGUAGUUGACGGUUUUGAAUUGCUAAUAUUUAUGAUUCAGUAAUUUAUGCCCUACAUCUGCAACCUAGCUCAUGUUGAAUGCUUGGAAAAAUAGCUUUACAAGUAUUUCCAACUUGCAGUUUACAUAAUUUAUUGUUUUAUAUACAAGAUUUUAUGUGCUUAUAGUGCUGCUUUGUUUUUGUCUCUAUGCUUGGUGGGAAUGAAUAAUUUUGGCAGAUUUGGGAAGUAGUAAAGAAAAAAAAUGUGAAUGUUUGCUUGUGUAACGCUUUUUUACUGUCAUUUAUUGUUGCUCGAGUUAUGUGAUAAAUUCAAUUUUUAACCUUUUCAUGGCUCAUCACAUGUCAAAACUAAAGAAAGCCACGGUGUGCUUCUGCUGCUUGCGAACAUCUGUGGCACCCUUGGUCUUAUUUUUGAGACACGGUUGUGUUCUUGUUUUAUUGUAAUGUACUGUGCUGUGGUCGCUUUCAAAUUUAUUCAAGCAGCAAUGAAAAUCAAAUGACAUGGUAACAUUUUUCGGCAUUUUGAUCGUACACAACGUAAAUGUUGAUGUCUGUUGUUUUAUUUUUUUUUGUCACUGCCUUGCUGAAUAGUUAGCGCUUUCCAAGCUUGGGUGACAUUAAUGAGAAGUUAAACUUGGUUGAUGAAUUAUGUUUAUAAUACCAAAAACAUGUCUUGUUGAGAGUAGAGGCUUUAGAAGUCAGACUAAUGAAUGAUGGGUUGCAACAGUGCCUGAAAGUUUCUGCUCCAACUAACGAUAAUGUCAGUAAGUUUGAGUGCCUGCUUAGAACUAGCUAGUUAUUUUUGUAAAGGUUAACUCAAUCACAUUGUAAAAUUACCCAAGGUCUCAAUGUAGCCACUGUUGGAAGGUAUCCUAGAGACUGGUGUGUUAAAAAAAAUACCAAAAUACAUAUAAGCAUAAGAGCAUAAGGCUUGAAAUACAAGGCAGGAAAGUUUAAUCUUAAUUUCCCUGUGGGUAUCAUAUUUUUGUUCAAAAAAAAUUAGUUGAAGUAAUGUCUUGAUUCAGCAUCUUACCACCCUAAUAGUUAAAAUUAGUUUGUGCAAAUUUUCGGUGUUCCUUUGAAUGAUUCUCGAAAACUGGCUGGUCUCUAAGCACACUUUUUAUGGUGGCUUUGGUGAGACAGUCAUUGAGCACAUUUUGCAAUGGGCACAGCUGCAGGCAAAACUGAGUAACCACACAGCAACAGCAGCAGCAGUGAAGUAAAAAAAUAGGUAUACUAAGCAGAGCUCAGACAAGCUAGUCAGCAUACAUUAAGGGAGUCUUGUGUGAGGCUCUUCAGUCUGUAAUCUCUGCCACUUUAGAGCACCUCUCUGUGGGACGCUUUCAAAAGCAGCACAGAGGAGGUCCUAGCAGUGUGAUAUGGACCAUGUAUGUUAGCCAUCCACGGGAGAGUGGUGUGCAUUUUCUCUCGUGGAAACGCGCACAUACAAUGAAACACACCUCACACAUGUGAAGCCGCAAGUGUCCUUUUAGAUGUUUUAAUGUAAUUCUCCCUUUCUUCCUUUUAACGUACAGUGUUUUGGGAUUGAAUGCAUACGUAUGGUGAAAGUGUUGUCAGCCUCCAGGAGAGCUUGGUGCCGUUAGAGAAUUGAUGCUUGUUCGUGCAGCGUGUCAAAUAGCAUGUGCUGCCAACGAUUGUAACAGUAAGUCUAUGUUUUCGUGACAUUUGCCAUGUUCUGGGAAGCUUCUGUCACAGCUUAUCUGAAAUAUACAUUUCUAGUUAUGCUUCAUUGAUAGUUUUGACAUACUUUUGUAUGCCCUAGCCAGUCUCUUUAAUUUUUCUUGAGUUUUCAAACUUCGGAUAUACUGUAUUUACCCAUUUCCAACGUGCCCUCGAUUGCAUGGUGCACCUGGUUCACAUGACCCAAAAACAAAAGUACAGCUAAGGGGCAGUUUAAAUAUCUGUACCAGAAUCUAACAUGCAUGUGAGCUCGAGGUUUAUUUUUCCAGAAAAAGGUUGGAAUUGGGUAAAUGCGAUAUAUAACAAACACUACUGAAAUCUUGUGUGUGUUCGCAGUGUAGAAAAUUUGCCGCGAAAGCAUUUCAAAGCCUUGUGUUGUACAGAAUAUUUGUGCACUUACAAACCACGAACAAAAACACCUUCGUACGAUGUCUUCAGUCCAGUGAUGACUCAUAACUGAUAGAAUGUUGUGUAGUUCACGUCAUGGUCUCAGUUCCCUGAAACUUGUACAGAUAAAUAUGCCUGUCAGGGCUCAUAUUUCUAAUCUGCUGCAAUAGGACUGGAAUGUGACUUCAUCUGACCUUGCAGUGUCUGUAUCUAGUGUUCUGGGCUUCUGACACAAGCCCACUGAAGUGUGCAAUUUACAUGGAUGUAGUAUUUACUGAAUGUCUGGGCAGCUCGGGUAUGAUGAAGUCACAAUUCAUCUUGCCAUAUUUGGAGCAGAGCACACGCAGCAGUGAGAUUAGAGAUGCGGCUGGAAGUAUCUUUGAGUACAGGAGCAUAAAGCCGAUUCAAUUGGUGCCUGUUUUAACUAAUCAUACUUUCCACAUGUGCAGAGCACGAGCUUCUGUCAUAUUCUAUUGCAUGCACAGAAUUAUAACUAAUCGCAACUCUGCAGUAAUGUUAUAUUGUCCUUAAAAGCUGCAUUGUUUCUAAAAUGGCACUACAAUGACCAUUCUGCCAACCACGAAAAGGCAUUGAAAGGGAAUAGCCUCAAAGACAUUGCUUUGUAGUUUGGAGGUGCUGUUGGUCUGUAAAGUAUCUGGUCACAUCUCUGCAUCUCGCCCUUGUUAUGCACAGCCAGAAUCUGACUGCUGCUUUGACUCCACUGAGCAGAGGGCAGCACUGCUUGGCUGAAGUACCAACUUUUUUUAUAUAGUGCUUCUUGGCAAAUACAUAGUAAACACUGUUUUGAUGGGGCACUGCCGCUAUUUGUUUACACACUUAGAUGUAAGGGUGUGCCUCAAGCAACUGUUUGUUGCAGAAAGUGCCAAGAAACAUUGUUCCAACACAGAAAGGGACAUCAUUCACAGAGCCUAGGCUGCCUUCUACUCAGCAGAGACCACACAGGAAUCGGAGUAAGGCUGUGCUGAUCAUGGGACCUUGAUAGUACAGAGCGAAGCACAAUUGCUCAGAUUGCUUUAUAUUUCUCUCUACUGUUUUUUAGGGGAAGUCACUGAGCAACAUUUGUGCGAGGAGUGUGUGAGAGGCUCAUAAUAAUUGUUUCUUCUUUGGCUGAGUAACAUAGUUGUGGGAACACAACCAUCUCGAAGGGAUAUGCUUCCUGCCUGCUAUUGAUGAGCAGCGAAGUGUUUUCAAGUGAUUACGAAUCAUCUGUGCACAUGUGUGUUGAUAGUAUCUACAUUGCAUUUCUUUCUUGCAUUGUACAAAGGCUGUUCUUUUUGAGUGUGAGAACUCUGUAAAUAUUGCACGCAUGUGUAUGUGCAUAUGCCUGCUGAGGAAUGACAUGUUUCGGAGUGGUGGUUAAUUUUUUUUUCUUGUGUAUCAUGUACGUAGAUGUUAUGCUUAAAUUGUGUGUGAGUGGUUCUAUAUACAUAUUAUACAUAAAGAUAUAUAAAUAUGUGAACAUAAAAUAUACAUAGCUUUUUCUGUGUUGCAACACAGAGAAUAAGUGUGUUUGUUUGCUGAUGUACUUGUUCGAACCUUCCACCUUUGUUUCUGUGUCCUAUGUUCACUGUUAUUUGCAGAUUGUGAGAAAGGAAGUUUUUGAGGAUGAUAAUGGGGAGAUGUUUCUAAUAAAUCACUUCAGCAAAACA